GUAUAUUACUUUAUAAUGUCAUGUGAUCGGUACCAUUGCUCUCUGACGGACCCCAUCAUUGAUGUGCUCAUGGGGAAUUCCCAUCUCUCCGACAUCUGGAACAAGACACCCUCCCUGAGCUGGAAAGCUGCUAACAUCUAUAUAUGUUGGGUCACUUUCCAGGUGAUGUUAUAUAUAUUAGUUCCUGAUUUCUGCCACAAGUUUCUACCUGGAUAUGUAGGAGGAGUACAAGAAGGUGCUCUGACUCCUGCUGGCACAGUAAAUAAAUAUGAAAUCAAUGGACUUCAAGCCUGGAUCAUUACCCAUGCUCUCUGGUUUGCAAAUGCUUACUACUUCCACUGGUUCUCACCCACCAUCAUUUUUGACAACUGGAUUCCUCUCCUGUGGUGUGCUAAUAUUCUGGGAUACUCAACUUCCACAUUUGCAAUGAUUAAAAGCUACCUUUUCCCCAGUAACCCCAAAGAUUGCAAAUUCACCGGCAAUUUAUUUUAUGACUAUAUGAUGGGGAUUGAAUUUAACCCUCGAAUAGGGAAGUGGUUUGAUUUCAAGCUGUUCUUCAAUGGCCGGCCUGGUAUUGUAGCCUGGACUCUAAUUAACCUCUCCUACGCUGCCAAACAACAGGAACUGUAUGGUCAGGUGACCAACUCGAUGAUCCUUGUCAAUGUCCUACAGGGUAUUUAUGUAUUGGACUUCUUCUGGAAUGAAGCUUGGUAUUUGAAAACUAUUGAUAUCUGCCAUGAUCAUUUUGGAUGGUACCUGGGCUGGGGAGACUGCGUUUGGCUGCCUUACCUCUACACUCUGCAGGGUUUAUAUUUAGUUUACCAUCCUGUACAGCUCUCAACAGCUAAUGCAGUUGGGAUCCUGCUGUUGGGGCUGGUUGGCUAUUAUAUCUUCAGGAUGACCAACCACCAAAAAGAUCUCUUCCGUCGCACAGAUGGGAACUGCAAGAUCUGGGGUAAGAAGCCAGAAUAUAUUGAAUGCUCCUACACGUCAGUGGAUGGGACCAAAUACUACAGCAAGCUGAUGAUUUCAGGAUUCUGGGGAGUGGCGCGCCAUUUUAACUACACAGGUGACCUGAUGGGCUCCCUGGCAUACUGCCUGACUUGUGGCUUUGGGCACAUCCUGCCUUAUUUCUACAUCAUUUACAUGAUCAUUUUGCUGACCCACCGCUGCAUCAGGGAUGAACACCGUUGCUCCAGCAAAUACGGCAAGGACUGGAAGCGCUACACUACUGCAGUUCCUUACCGACUAAUACCAGGAGUAUUUUAA